AUGUCGGCUGUUCAACUUUCCUUCUCUCUCCGCGUCUCCUCUGGCGUCAAGACUGUCCACCUUCUCGGCUCUUGGGACGGUUAUGUCGGUCAGCUCCCUCUCUCCAAGGACAAGUCCUCCUCCAAGUCCGGCUCCUGGAAGGGCACCUUUCGAUUCCAGAACUCAACUCUUGAGGCUGGCCAACGAUACUGGUACUACUACAUCAUCGAUGGCUACCAUGUUGCCCACAACCCUAGCGUCACCUCAACCAUCGAGCCCACCACUGGCCGUGAGCUGAACGUUCUCGACGUUCCCACCGACUCCCACAAGUCUUCGUCCCACCGCUCUUCAUCUUCCAAGUCUUCCUCCAAGUCGUCGUCUUCUUCUUCUUCCAAGUCCUCAUCCAAGUCAUCAUCGCACAAGUCUUCCUCCAGCAGCAAGAGCUCUUCUCACUCCUCCAAGGACAAGGAGUCGCGAUCCUCGCGAUCCUCACGCCACAGCUCUAAGCUCUCAGUUGACAUCCCCAAGGGUCGCCCCCUAUCAAUCUCCCAGAUCCAGGCCCCCAAGCCCAUGUCUCCCCAUGCGACUAAGCACAUCUUGGAUGCUUCCUACUACGACAAUGAGGAACUUGAGGAGCUUGCCGACCGCUUCGGCAGCGCCAACAUCGAGGACGAGUUCAUCACUGACUUCAGCACAUCGCCAAUCUCCUCCAGUGGUUCUUCUCUGUCCUACCGCUCCGACAGCUCCUCACCCAACUCGUCCCUCUCUGGCUACAGCACUCCCGGAUCCGACGUCAGCUCUUGCACUUGCGAGCGCUAUGGUAUUACUCGCAAGGGCGAGCGUGUCAAGCUCGACUGCGGCGGAUCCCGCUGUGGCUACGAUGACGAUAGUGACUCCAUCUGCUCUAGUGGCAGUGAAGACGAGUAUGAGUAUGAAGAAGGCUCCGUCUCGCGCACCAGCUCUCGCCGCCACGGCGUGGUCGCAUAA